AUGUCGACAAACGAGCAGACGGAUUACCUGAUGGAGAAAUCUGCGAAACUGAUCAAGGUAUUGGCAAAUGCGCCCAUGUGUACAGAUGCCUGUCAUCCAUCGUGGACCUUAAGACUAAAUCUCGGCCUGCGGAAUGCUAUUGUCGACACUGGAGGGGGGAUUUUCUUCAAAAACGGACAGAAGGCUAGAGAUAAAUGUCUGGAAAAUCUAUCGCGUCUCCCGUACCCAUGUCAAUCAAAUGGAUUAGAAAAGGUUUGGGAUAAGCAGGAUAAAUGCAAUAAUUUUGAGACUAAAUUCCAUGCAGUGGUUAUCGGUGGGCAGAGUGCUAAUAGGUCGAGUUACCCACAUAUGGCUUUGCUAGGCUAUGGAGAAGAUGUCAUCUCAGCUCAGUGGUUGUGUGGUGGGUCACUGAUCAGCGACAGGUUCAUACUGACGGCCGCCCACUGCCUCUCAGAGACUGUCAUAGGACCUGUGACAUUGGUAGCUUUAGGUAUCUUAAAGCGUUCAGAUCCUAUGGAGUUGUGGCAGAUUUACAAAGUGAGGAGGAUCAUAAAGCACCCGGAGUACGCGCCCCCCUCUAAAUACAAUGACAUCGCCUUGUUAGAGGUCGACAGGUCUGUCAAAUACAGCAAAGACGUUUUCCCAGCGUGCCUAGACUUCGGAAGUACAGAACACUACUCAGCCGAGGCAACUGGUUGGGGAAAACUUGGCAAAAAUCAACCUCUAGCUGAUAAUCUGCAAAUGGUUAUUCUGGAGAAAUUUUCUGAUGAAAAGUGCCUGAAGAACUACCCCCCUCACCGGCUGCUGAAGAAAGGGUAUGAUGCGAAGACACAGCUAUGCUAUGGGGAUCCAAAUGAACCCAAAGAUACGUGUGAGAUUUUAAUACAUUUUGGUGCAAGAAACUCCAUGGUUGGUCUUGGAAUCUUCAUGGUGGCAUAUGGAAGAUGA